AGCUCGAAGUAAUCGCUAAAACACACCUGUGUCUUUCUGUAUAUCUGCUCCGUGUUUCCCCCUGUUGUCUCUGAGCUUUAUUCGACCUAAUUAAGCGACCCGACGAGCUGUAACAUCCCGGUCCGUGAAACUGUCAAGGCAUUGAAAGCCCAUGAGUCGCAGUCGGAACCCCCCUCCUCGGGGUCAAGGGGCAGCACGGGCCAAACAGAUGGGGCUGCUCCUCGACCUGUCCCCGGAUGGAGGGAUGGAUGACGAUGGAAAUGAUGACGAGCUGGAGGCAGAGCUGCUUAAUCUGGUGGGAGGAGGUGGAGGGGGGAGAUCACAAGGGAAGAAAGGUGAAGGGCGAGCUCCUGUUGCCAUGGCUGAAAUUGAGCGAAUGGCAGCUCUCUGUAUGAAAGACCUGGAUGAUGAUGAAAUGGUGGACGAAGACUUGGAUGAUGAUGAAGAUCUGCUGGCAGAACUGAAUGAAGUUUUGGAGGAUGAUGAGCAAGAUACUCCUGCUCCAACGCCUCCUGCCGUCACACCGACAGCUCCUAAAAGAAGCGUCGCAUCGCACCCUUCCCCUCCAGCUGCUCCCAGUGGUGCAACUGGGUUGGAGUCCCGCUUGUUGGAACGCAUUGAAAUGUAUAAGACAGCCAUAUCUAAUGCCAAGUCUGCAGGCGAAACAAGCAAAGUGCGAAGAUAUGACCGUGGAUUGAAGACGUUACAGUCCAUGUUAACAUCUGCCAAGAAAGGAAAGCCAGUCAAUGAGGAGGAGAUGCCUCCCCCUGUUGCUCUCGGAGGAAAGUCAAACGUCACAGCCGAGUCUGAACCAGUUAAGGAACGAGAACUGCCAGAGCUGAUCCCCUCCCCUCCCACCAACCAGAAACCUCUGAGGGAGGCGGCGGCAGCAGCUCCGAACACUAAGCCACAGCAUCUGACUCCACCCCAAAAACCUGCUGCUGCAAUCACCCCAGAAACGCCUGCUAUCUCUCCCCUCACCCCCAGCCAGCCUGAUGGACAGCACUCAGAGCUGAAACAAGCAGUGAUGUCCAGACAGAGGGAGUAUAAGAUGGCUGCCAUACACGCCAAACAGAGCGGUGACAUUAUGCAGGCCAAACAGCACUACCUCAUUGCCAAGAAGCUCGACGGGCUGCUGGAGGCGCUGGACCGAGAUGAACCAGUACACCUGAGCUCACUUCCUCCUCCUCCUGGAGAAGUAGUAGCAGAGCAUCGUGCACCUCCUCCUCAGUCCUCAUCCAAAUCUGCUGCUCCUGCGGCUCCUGCACCCAACCAAGUCGCCGCUGCUGACCUGCCUGCUCCCACCAGUUUGGCAGAAGCCCUGCAGCAGCGGAUGGACAUAUACAAGUCGGCAGCAGAGGGAGCCAAGAGCAAAGGAGAUGAUCGCAAGGCUCGCAUGCACCAGCGGAUUGUGAAGCAAUACCAGGAUGCCAUCAGAGCUCACAAAGCCGGCCGACCUGUCAGCCUGUCUGAUCUCCCUGUGCCACCAGGCUGUCCGCCACUUCAGGGCUCAGAGGGGGGUCAGCAGAACUUCAUGGGUGUCCUGGAAACGGCCAUGAAAAUAGCAAAUCAGGAUGCAGACGCAGAAGAUGAAGACGAGGAUGGACAAAGAGAGGCUGCCAAGCCUGCGGUGCGUCCACCUGUCCAGAAAGCAAAGUCUCCGGCUCCUCAGGCCCCCGGAGGCUCCUCGGCUCCAAAACUGGGACCUAAAGCCCAGCAGCAAGUGGAUUUCCUGUUGCUAAGGCGACAGGCUUUUUUGCGUGCAGCGCUGCGCUCUAAGCAGAUGAAGGACAUGACGGGAGCAGCGCAGCACCUCAGACACGCCAAGGGACUGGACCCCAUGAUCUCUGCUGCCAAGUCUGGCCUACCUGUUGAUAUCACCAAGAUUCCAAGCACUCCAGUAGGCGAGGAGGAUUACUCCCUGUCUCGCUCCCGCACCUCUCCUGUCUCCCCUCGCUCCAGCGAGCAGUACCGUGGCCUCAUGGAUCUUUUACGAAAGCAGCACGAGAAAUGUCUGAGCUGCUCUCAACAGUUCACACAACUGGGCAGCGUGGCUGAAGCUUUAAAGUUUGAGAAACUAAUUGAAGAGUGCAUGAAGAGCAUAGACAUCCUGAAGAAUGCCCACGCCAAGGGUCACCCGGUUCCCAAGUGCCGCACAGAGGAGAGGACCUUCAACUCUGUCAAGAUCUACCAGAACCUGACACUUAAUGACCUGGUGCUGUACAUCAUCCGAGGCAUCAACCUGCCGGCUCCCUCAGGUGUCUCACCUAAUGAUCUGGAUGCCAGUGUGAAGUUUGAGUUUCCUUUUCCUAGCGCGGAGGAGGCUCAGAGGGACAAAACCAGCACAGUGAAGAGCACCAACAGUCCAGAGUUUAAAGAGCAGUUCAAACUCAACAUCAACCGGGGCCACAGAGGCUUUAAACGAGUUGUCCAAUCCAAAGGCAUCAAGUUUGAGAUCACACACAAAGGAGGCCUGUUUAAGACAGACAAGGUAGUGGGCACUGCUCAGCUGAAGCUAGAGGCUCUGGAAAACCACUGUGACUUUAGAGAGAUCAUAGAGGUGAUGGAUGGACGUAAAGCUACAGGUGGCAAGUUGGAGGUGAGAGUAAAGAUCAGAGAGCCGCUGUCAGGAGUCGAUCUGCAGCCGAUGACUGAGAAGUGGUUGGUUCUUGAGCCGGUCUCGCCGCUUUCGCCUCCGGAGAGACAAAAGGAAAGAGCUCCAUCUCCUCGCUCUAAACCCAGACAAGAAGCGAGCAGCAGGAGCAGUCACCCCAACAACUCUCCUCCACAGUACAAACUCCACAGCUUCAGCCUCCUCAACUAUGACAAGGAGCGGCUGGAAAGAAAGUUGGCAGAGUACCGAAAGAACCGGCGGGAUCCUCCGCCUGACCUCAUCCAUCAAUACAAAGAGGUCACACACAGACUGCAGUGGCAGAAAGCACAGCUGGAACGAGGCUCCCCUGCUCUGCUCACAGAGUAUGAAAAUGUGCUGCAGCGGUUCGUCCAAGGGCUUUCUGAGUCUGUGAAAAAAUACUCCAGCCAAGGCAACAGGGAGGCUGCAAAGGAUGCACUGGGCAGGCUGAAGAUGGUAGAGAGUGAGCUGGAGUCGCUGAAAAGGAAACGCAGUGGAUGAGAGGAGAAUAAGGAAGUUUGAGACUUGGCUGGAGCACUGUUAUCUCUCUCUCUCUCUGUCUCUCUCUAAUACACACUCAUAUACAAACACUACAGUGGAACAGCAUUCACCUUCAGCAUGAUUCUGUCCUGCAAAAUGUCCAAGACAACUGCAUGAACCAGCCAACUAAAUCCGUCAGUCGCUCUUAUAACUUGUGUCACAUGUGGUCAGUCACCUGCCACAAUACGUAAACAAACAACUGUAAGGGACGCAGAAAUUCAAGAAAGCAUUCAAAUGUAUAAAGAGCUAAGGGAGAUGUAGAUUUAUUUGCACUUAAACAAAUCAGACACUACAGAAAAGUGCUUCUAAAGUACGGCUUUCCGGACUUUACAUGUGUUCUGUUAAUGGUUUUCUUGAUUCCCAACUUCCUUUGAGAAGUGUUGGUGAAGGUAUCGUCAAUGUUUUACAUUUUACACCAGCUGACAGUCUUUUGGUGUCCAAAGAUGACCAAAAAAAUGUGUGUGUGCAUGUGUGUGCGCGCUCUGAGGUGUAUUUAACCAGCGGACUGAGGUGUUUUUAACCCUUUUUCCCGUAUUUUAUGUGUGUAAUGAGCUUAAUCUAAUCUGUCUGCUCCAGUGUUCCCAGAUUACAGUAAUCUGCUCCGUUUGGAGUGCUGUGAUAUGGGAAUAAAAAAAAAGGGGGCUUCAGGGUGUCGCAGCCUACAUCCCAUAAUGAGGGAUUAGUGUUUAUGUCGCCAAGGAGACGACUAGAUCAGACGUAGAGUCGCCUUUGGGGGCUGGGAAGAGGUGGUGUUAAUAGCGUGCCAUGAAUGUGGUAGAAGCUUAGCUUUGCUGAGGGAUUGCUGCUCCUUCUUCUUCAUCAGCUGUUUUCUCUUUGUUGUUUUCCUCAUCUUCACUUUCGUCAUACUAAUUCCUCUGCAGAGAUUAUUCAGACUGUCUAGUAAUAGGUCGUCCCACUCGGAAUUUAUUUUAACUCCUAAACAAUAUUAAGUCCAUUGUGCUGUCGAUUAGAAAAUAAUUAACAGCUGCUGCGUCAGUGUGCUGCUUUUUUUUUUUUUUUUUUCUCUCCACAGAGUUUGGUGAACUCACUUUCACAAAAACAGACUCUGUCCCGCUGAGCUCUCCAGUAGCAGCACAGUGGAGGCUGAAAAGUCUGCCCACAGGAUGGCAACCCAAUAUGUGUCAGUAUGGCGAGGUAAUUGCUCAUUUCUAUUUCUGUUCCCCCACAGACGUCCCUGUCAUAGUCUUCCUCUCUACAUUACACACUACUGAAUGAAGUCAAGGGGACAAAAUAGAGACACAACCAGUGAAACUUCACAACAUGUAGUUUCCAGCUGACAAACACACAGGAAUUAAUCAUUUGCCACAACAACACUUAACGUGACUAAAGCAUCACACUGCCACCAUGCAUUCUGUGCUCUAGUUAACGCCGUAGACAGAUGUUUCCUCUGUGUGCUCGACAACCUGACAGCACAUUCUGUGGGAUCCACGUCGAUUGCAUCCAGCAGGGAUGAGCAGACUACUUUAAAUGAGCCUUACUGUAUGUUUUAAUUCUUCGGUGUUGAUGAUUUCUCCACUAAUAGUUUUUUUGGUCACGUGACACACGAGAUAAUCGCGUGUUCGCAUUAAUCCACCCGCUGCCUCACUCCAUUAGCAAAUAAUCCUGGUUAAAGUUGGCCCUCCAUCGUCUGUGGUGAUUUUAUGUGACGCUCCUUCCCCCACUUUCUUUUUUUUUUUUUUUUUCUAAAUCAAGAGAGGAUAUCUUCUGAGUCUUUGUACAUAUUUUGGUCCUUCUGGUCACCUGAUAUUUUUGGUGGAAGGACAGAUAGAUAAACGUCUGCUUUCUAUGGCAUUGAAACUUUUUAGGUUUAACACAGUUAAAGGACUACAGCAAUCUACUUGCAAACUUUAUCGAAGGGAUUUCAAUGCAACACAAUUUCAGAUCUUUGGAUGUACUUUUCUGGUUUACAUUAAUUUCCAUGUCACUUUCCAGACUCUUCAAACUUUGAGUUUGAGCCAAACAAAUCUCCAUUAAUGUUUGUCAUCGUGGCGCAUUUUAUGCAGUGGUGCAGUUUAAAUACAGAUUUAUUUGAAAAGCUCUGCAUUAAGAAAGAUUUAAAUAAUGUAACUUUGACGAACAGUAAUGGUGACUCAGUGGAUUACACAGCUUAAGCAAUUUUCAAGGGUCCGCUAAUGGUUUUCAUAUUGCACAGAAGUGAAUGUAGCCCAAAGGCUGCCUGAAAUUGUACAAAAAAAAAAAAACUGAGGCAGCAACUGAUUACUGAGUAAUCCUCCAAUUAUUUUCUGUUUAAUGCAACACAGUUUUCUAAAACCCAAAGCAAGCUCUCCAGAUUUGUUUGUUUUGUCCAGCCAACAGUCUAAAACCCUGAGAUAUUCAGUUUACUCUCCCACAAGUCGAUAUGCUCGCAGUUUAACGGCUGAAACGAACAAAACAUUUGGUGUUUUGCUUGAAAAACAACCUAAAUUAAUAUAUAAAUCAUGCCAGAUGUUUUUAAAAAAAAACUAAACUACACACAGCACCAGAAAGACUAACUGUAAUGGAAAGUGAGUCUGAGUUGGGCUAAAAAAUGUGCAAAACCACUGGCAUGGUCAAGGGAAAAAAAAAUGGUGAUAGUGUAGCUCUGAUGUGACUCUGUGUAGCAGCUGCACGUUUUAGCCCAAACAAAAAGGGCAUCUGCGCAGCACCCCCUUUUUUUUUCGUCGCCCCAAACACACAAACACACUCCUGCCACAUCACCCCACUCCUCAAAUAACCUCGUGGCCUCUGAGGCUGUCCUGUUGUCGUGGCAACAAGCUCAUCAGCAUUCAGUGUGGUAGCUGGAUGGUCAGGACCCGGCAGAGGGACAUAUUGUUAAAGUUUGUCCUGCUGGUGACUCACACUCCUUUCUCGCAUAUAAAACACACACACACACACACACACUCCUUCUCACUCUUUCUGUUUUUAAAUUUUUCUGUCUCUUCUCCUCAUGUGUUGUUAUUGAUCUGAACUGGUGGAUUGUUUAUCAUUGUUGUUCAUACCAUCCUCCUGAUCAGCUGGAGUACAUGUAUUCAUCUAUUGUUGACUUUUUUUUUUUUUUUAAUCCGUCGAGUCAUGUAAGGGCAAUCAGUAUAAAUGUAAUAUUUAUAUAUGGUAAAUAUACGGCAUAUUAUGCUCUGUCUCUAUUUUUAAGUGUAAGUCAUGAUGAUUGGUGAAGCUCAGAGCGGGAAUGUAUGAAGGCCUGAUUGUUCAGGCUUUACUACCUGAUGUAUGAGGUUGGUGUUGAUAUGAAUAAAAUGUUAAAACAGCA